AUGGAAAGGUUAUCAGUUUUAUGUAAUCAUUUCGAUAAUGAUGAUAAUAAUCAAUAUUUAUUACAAAGUAAUGAUGUUGUGGCAACAUCAACAACCAAUUCAAAUAAUCAACAAACAGCAUCAGUAAAUAAUUUAUUACAAUUAAGUUCAAAGAUUCAAUUAGAUUCAAAUAAAAUCGAAAAGCUCACUGCUAUUCUCUUUGAUCAUCCAGAUAAACAACUUCAAGAGGAUCGUAAUCGUUUAGUCGACAAAUUAAAAGAUCCAAUAUUUGAAUGGAAACCAUAUGUUAGUUUUCACGAAUUAAGAGAGUUAACUCAAAAUAGAUUGGUAGCAUUAUCUCAUGACCCAGUAUUAAAGUGUAGUGAAAUCGUUACAAAUUAUAAAAAGUUUUCAAUGUUUCAAAGUACUUUAGUUUAUUCUGACAUGUCAUUAGCAGUAAAGUCAUCAGUACAUUGGGGUUUAUUUGCAGGUUCAGUAGCAUGUUUAGGUACAGAAAAGCAUGAAAAGUAUUUCAACGAUAUUGAUACUUGUAAAAUGAACGGUUGCUUUGCUUUAACCGAAUUGGGUCAUGGUUCAAAUGUUAAAGGUGUCGAAACUAUUGCAGAAUAUGAUCCAGCCACUCAAGAGUUUAUUAUCCACACUCCAUCUGAUACUGCACAAAAGAUUUGGAUUGGUAAUGCUGCCACCUACGGUUGCUUUGCUACAGUUUUUGCAAAUCUCGUCAGUAAUGGCCAAAACUAUGGUCUUCAUCCAUUUUUAGUUCAAAUUCGUGACACUAAAACUUUAGAACCAUUAAAAGGUAUUUCUACUGCUGAUAAUGGCCCAAAAAUUGGUUUAAAUGGUGUCGACAAUGGUCGUAUUUGGUUUAACAAGGUUAGAAUUCCAAAAGAUAAUCUUUUAAAUAAAUUUGGUGACAUUGAUAACGCUGGUGUUUAUAGUACCCCAAUUAAAAAUCCAAAUGUUCGUUUCAAUUCAAUGUUAGAAUCACUUAUCGGUGGUCGUAUCACUGUCGCUAAUAUGGCCAAUAGUGCCGCUAAAAUGGGUCUUUAUAUUGCAAUUAGCUAUGCAUUCACACGUCGUCAAUUUGGACCAACCAAUCAAAAAGAAGAGCUUUUAAUCGAUUAUAUUACUCAUCAACGUCGUUUAUUCCCACAAUUAGCAGAAGUAUAUAUUAACCAAGUCGGUAUCAAUUAUGUUAUCAAUAAGUUCCAAAAUAAAACUGAUAAAGAUGCCAGAGAUGUUUUCCUUUUAGCCUGCGGUUUCAAAGCUGCUACCACUUGGAAUCGUUCUAAAACCCUUCAAUUAUGUCGUGAAUGCUGUGGUGGUCAAGGUAUGGCUGCCAGCAACAAGAUUGGUAUCCUCCGUGCUGAUACCGAUGUCGAUUUAACUUAUGAAGGUGAUAACACUGUUUUAAUGCAAGCUGUCAGUAAAGCACUUCUUCAAGAGUUCAAAUCAUAUUUCACAGGCACAAAGAGAAUUACUGGUAUGCUCAGUUACACAUACUCUAAAGGUCACAUUGGUAUCUUUUUAAGAAAUAAAAACUUUUUCACUAAACGUCUCCACACCGAAAGCCAUUUAUUAGAUCCAGAUGUCCUCUUGGAUGCAUUCAUUUAUCGUGAAUUCAAACUUUUAAGACUCUUAAUCAAGACACUCAGAGGCAAAGUUAAAAAUGAAAAGAUGUCAGGUAUUCAAGCAUGGAACAGUUCAUUAGAUUUAGUACUUCAAUUAGCUAAUGCCUAUGUUGAAAGAGUUUCAAUCGAAAAAUUCUUAGAGGAGGUUCAAAAGGCUUCUGAUGAUAUCAAACCAGUUUUAUUAUCAUUAUGUGUAUUAUAUGAAUUAACUAAAAUCGAAAAUGAUUUGGGUUGGUUUUUAUCAAAUAAAUAUUUUGCUCCAAUCAAAGGUCAAGCUAUUGGUAAUACCAUUAAUAAAGUCUGUAAUUCAUUAAGAGAUCAUGCUAUUCCAUUAGUCAAAGCUUUUGAUAUUCCAAGUCAAUUCUUAACAGCACCAAUUAUAGGAGACUGGGUUGCUCAUUAUUCCAACCCAAAAAAUUUUUAA